CACGGUCAUAUCAUUCGUGACGCGUGUAAGUUUGACAAUAUUAUUAUUCCGCACUGAGACAUGGCUCGCGUUGUUGCAUUUAAAAAAACGCCAUAAAUUAUCGAUAUUGAAAUUAUGUAUUACGAAUGUAUUAUAAUAUUGCCUAUAUUGUUUAGGUUUCUGUGACGGAAUUAACAAUAAUAGUGUGUUCAUCCAGUGUUGUUUUUACAAAGUGAGGUUAUGUCAAAAAUGAAGGACACAAAAGAAUGGACUGUGAAUGCUCCGUGGGGUAGAGUUGCCAUGAUAUCAUGGGGGGACGCUGCAAAUUCUCCAGUUCUACUGGUGCAUGGUUACGCGGACACUGCAGCCACCUUCAUACCCCUGGUAAAGGAGUUACCUAACGAUCAUUACUACGUGGCCUUUGAUAUGCCUGGUCACGGGAAAUCCGAUCCGUUCCCACCCGGCGUGGUGGCGACACAGCUGAGCAUCGUCGAGGUCAUCAGGCUCGUGGUAGAUGACAUGCGAUGGGAGAGUUUCGUCUACAUAGCACAUUCGAUGGGAGCUGUUAUUGGACUGUUCUACAACUACGUAUAUCCCGACAGGAUAUCAAAGAUGGUGCUCCUGGACCCUGGCCCGCCACUCUCCAUGUAUUAUUUCAUCCAUUACAACCCGAAAGAAGUUUACCACUAUAUCUACAACAGAUAUUACGAUGACUACAAAAGAUACAACUCAAAUACCCCAAAACUAUACAGCUACGAAGACGCUGUGAACCUGACAGUGAGCAAUAGGAACUUGACGACGGACCAAACUGAAGUGCUCCUGUCCAGGGCUUUGGUGCCCGUGGGGGACAUGUAUAGGUUCUCAAUGGAGCCCCGCAUGAAAUUCAUAUUAAACAUACCCGUAUCAGAAAAAACACUUCAUAAGGUCGUAGCCCGAAACACUCAACCCACUCUGCUCCUAGAAGCUUCUAGAAACAAUAUCGUGGAACCGGCAAAGAGUUUUGUAAGGACUAUUUUUGAAAAAUGCCAGGGGUUACCGAAUUACUGGAAAAUUAGAAUUAAAGGGGGUCAUGAUUUUCACAUAACAGACCCAGCCGUGGUUGCGAAACAUGUGAAAAGAUUUUUAAAUGGUAAAAUUUGUGUAGCCAGUAAUAAAAAAUGUAAAUUAUAAUACCCUUACUUCUUACCUAUAACAGUGUUUUACUAUGUCUGACUAGCUGAUCUGGCGAACUUCGUACCGCCUAACAGUUGAUUCUUUAAUUAUUUUUUUUUAAAACCUAUUCUGCUAUUCGGGGCACCGGGUCAGCUAGUAAGAUAAAAAAACAAAAAAGAAAGCUGAUAAGUCAACAAUUACAUUA